AAUGCCACAUCAGAUAAUACGUUUGGUCAAACGUUGUCGUUGUAAUCGAGUAACCACAAAUUAACAUUUGAUAUUGAUUUUUCCACUUUUCGUGUUUUUUAAGUCACUAAUCUUAUCUCACCCAAAACAAAUUAAACAAACACACAAAAAAAAGUCUAAAAAAAGAAUUUCUCAACAAAAAAAUAAAAAUAUCUAACUUUUCCAGAUAAUAUAUUCAAAAUUUUACAGAGAGGAAGAAGAAGUUCCCGACACUUGUGAGAGACUAUAAAAGUAUACGAUCUCCUCCUCUCGCUCUCUUCAGAUCACAAAGUUUUCGUUUUUAGGGUUCUCUCAUCGAUCUCGUAAAUACUCCUCUCGAACCCUUUCUUUAAUCGGAAUCUUCUUUUUCUCUGUUGUUUGAUUCGAUUUUUUUUUUCUCAAAAAAAUUCAGGGUUUGUGAUCUUCUUCUUCAUCAAUGGCGUCUAGUGAUAAACAAACAAGCCCAAAGCCUCCUCCUUCACCGUCUCCUCUCCGUAAUUCCAAGUUUUGUCAGUCAAAUAUGAGGAUUUUGAUCUCAGGAGGAGCUGGAUUCAUUGGUUCUCACCUUGUUGAUAAGCUGAUGGAAAACGAAAAGAAUGAGGUGAUUGUUGCUGAUAACUAUUUCACUGGUUCAAAGGACAACCUUAAGAAGUGGAUUGGUCAUCCAAGAUUUGAGCUUAUCCGUCACGAUGUCACGGAGCCACUUUUGAUCGAGGUUGAUCAGAUUUACCAUCUUGCAUGUCCUGCUUCUCCUAUCUUCUACAAGUACAACCCUGUGAAGACAAUCAAGACCAAUGUGAUUGGCACACUGAACAUGCUAGGUCUCGCCAAGCGUGUUGGAGCAAGGAUUUUGCUUACCUCAACCUCGGAGGUAUAUGGAGAUCCUCUCAUUCAUCCCCAGCCUGAGAGCUAUUGGGGAAAUGUCAACCCAAUUGGUGUUAGGAGCUGUUAUGAUGAAGGCAAGCGUGUUGCUGAGACCUUGAUGUUUGACUACCACAGGCAACAUGGAAUUGAAAUCCGCAUUGCUAGAAUCUUCAACACUUAUGGUCCACGCAUGAACAUCGAUGAUGGCCGUGUUGUAAGCAACUUCAUUGCACAAGCACUCCGGGGUGAGGCAUUGACUGUUCAGAAACCAGGGACACAGACUCGCAGUUUCUGUUAUGUAUCUGACAUGGUUGAUGGACUUAUGCGCCUCAUGGAAGGAGAUGACACUGGUCCCAUCAACAUCGGUAACCCAGGUGAGUUUACAAUGGUGGAGUUGGCUGAGACAGUGAAAGAGCUGAUUAACCCGAGCAUAGAGAUAAAGAUGGUUGAGAACACACCGGAUGAUCCAAGACAGAGGAAGCCAGACAUCACAAAGGCUAAAGAAGUGUUGGGAUGGGAACCAAAGGUGAAGCUUCGUGAAGGCCUUCCACUUAUGGAAGAAGACUUCAGGCUAAGGCUCGGAGUCCACAAGAACUAAAACUCCAUCACCGAUCACACGCAAACGUGAAUGCACUACAUAACCAAGUUCUACUUUUCAUAUUCCAUGGUGCAAGCGGUUGGUUUCAUAUAAUAUGUUUCUACUUUCCACAGUCGAAAUUAUUCCUAGAGAAAAAUAAAGAUUAUGAACGAAUGCUUUUUAUAUUUAAGGAAGAUAAAAUUUACUUUCUUGCCAUAGCUUACGCAGCUACGGUGACUCCAUUUUUUCAAAUCUUGAGUGAGGUAAACAAUGGCG